GUGAGGCCUCUAGAGCGCCAGACUCCGUAAGCGGGGUUUUGGACCGCCUAGCAGAGGCGAUGGUCGCCGAGCACGAGAAGAAAGCGGCCUUGACAAGUCAACCUGCGGCUGGUAUUGCUUCAUCUUCACUCUUUGGCGCUAGUAGUGCCCUACAGCAGUUCGCGGCUCGCCGCGCAGCUACUCCAAACCAGGCAAGUGCUACUCAAAACAAGAACGCGAACAACAAUAAGAAUGACGCAUUAAUAAACUUAAAGAGCAGUACCGAACAAGACGAAGAAGCUGACGAAGAACGCGGCUGCAUGAAGAAGUGUGAAGAAAUUAUAGCGGAACUGAGCUCUUCAUGUUCCUGUGCCUCC